GCCGGACGAAGUGACUGCUGUUGGUUCGUGGCCGGUCAAUCAGAAGAGGAUUGAUCAUGACGAUUUGUUGAAAGUAUCAUUUCAGGAACAUUUUUACUACGAAUUGGGCGCAAAACCAGACCCAUCAAGCUGGAGGUUGAUUUGUCGAGAUGUUUUAACGGACGCAGGUCGAGCAUUGGCUAGUACUGUUUCGAACGGGAAGAAGACCGGCAGCACGAGUGCGGCGGCCCAAUUGCAUCCAGGUGAUGUUCGGGUGAUUUCGUUGGUGUUACGGGGGCACUCAUGGCUUCAUAGUCUCAAGCAACGAUCCUCAGCACAUAUGGAGCAGUUUUUAGUAGUGGCCGAUUGGUUUCUGUCGAAUCAAGACGAUGACGGUGGAUGGUCUGUACCAGUGGAACGUUCGAUUGCUGAGAAAAGUUUGGUGUUGGAAGCCGGUUGGCAUAGUGCAAUGGCUCAAGGACAUGCACUGAGUGUGUUGACAAGAGCGUAUGCGAUAACGAAGGAGUUGAAAUAUUUGAGAGCGGCCGUAAAAGGGACAAAACUUUUCAAGAUUAAUGCUGGCGAAGGUGGCGUUAGGAAUGAUCUGUUCGGUUAUGCGUGGUACGAGGAGUACCCGACGCAACCGGGCACAUUCGUCCUCAAUGGUUUUAUGUAUUCGCUGAUUGGUUUGUACGAUUUAUCGGCGGCGUUGAAGAAUCAACAACAAAUGGAGAAUGAUGCGGCUAAGCUUUUUGCGGAUGGAAUUCGUUCGUUGCAAACGUUUUUGCCG